AUGUCUUCAUCACAUUCAACUAGUGCAAAUGGAAAAGAUAAUGGGUGUAACGAGUCUGUAGAUUCUGUCUGUGUAACAGAAAGUUUACAGAAGUGUACUAUGAUACAGGGAAAUAAUCAAACUAAUGAUGAAAAAAAUGAUUUAGAGAAAAAUAUCAACACACAUAAUGAUGAACUUUAUCUAUGUGAUGUCUGUGGAAAGGUUUUUAAAUGGACAACUAAGUUAGAAAUACACACGAGGACACAUACUGGAGAGAAACGUCAUGAAUGUGAAGUAUGUGGAAAGGCAUUCAGUCGGGCAUCAUUCCUACAGACACACAAAAGAACACAUACUGGUGAUAAACCUUAUAAAUGUGAUGUCUGUGGGAAGGCAUUCAAUCAGGCAGGAAUCUUACAGACACACAUGAGAAUUCAUACUGGUGAAAAACUUUAUGAAUGUGAAGUCUGUGGACAGGCAUUCAGUCGGACAGGACACUUGCAGAGACACAUGAGAACACAUACUGGUGAUAAACCUUAUGAAUGUGGUGUCUGUAGGAAGACAUUCAGUCAGAAAGGAACAUUACAGAAACACAUGAUGACACAUACUGGUGAUAAACCUUAUGAAUGUAAUGUUUGUGGGAAGACAUUCAGUCAGGCAGGAAACUUGCAGACACACAUGAAAACACAUAAUGGUGAUAAACCUUAUAAAUGUGAAGUGUGUGGGAAAGCAUUCAGUCGGAGAGGAAUCUUACAGAAACACAUGAGAACACACACUGGGGAUAAACCUUAUAAAUGUGAUGUAUGUGGGAAGGCAUUCCGUCAGACAGGACACUUACAGACACACAAGAAGACACAUAAUGGUGAUAAACGUUAUAGAUGUGAAGUCUGUGGGAAAACAUUCAGUCAGAUAGGAAUGUUAGAGAAACACAUGAGAACACAUACUGGGGAUAAACCUUAUGAAUGCGAUGUCUGUGGGAAGGCAUUCAGUCAGACAGGAUACUUGAAGACACAUAUGAAGACACACACUGUUGAUAAACCUUAUAAAUGUGAUGUCUGUGGAAAGUCAUUCAGUCGGACAGGAAUAUUACGGAAACACAUGAGAACACACACUGAUAAACCUUUUGAAUGUGAAAUCUGUGGAAAGUCAUUUCGUCAGAAAGGAAAGUUGCAGACACACAUGAGAACACAUACUGGUGAAAAACCUUAUAAAUGUAAACUCUGUGGAAAGGCAUACAGUCUUUCAGCAUUCUUACAGAAACACAUGAAGACACAUAUUAGUGAUAAACCUUAUGAAUGUGGUGUUUGUGGAAAGGCAUUUUAUGAGCAUGGCAUCUUACAAAGACACAUGAUAAUACAUAGCGGUAAAUACAUGUGA